AUGUUGUCCAUCACCCGAGGACAUAGUGUCCUCCGGUCCUCUUACAGACCUCAACGCCACCAUGCCCUCCUCCUACAAUCCCAAAAACUCCUCUCAACAACCUCCGCAUCCCUACAAUCACAACCACAACCACCAACCGACCCCAGCACAACAGUCGUCGCGCCAGAAAAACACGAAAUCAAUGCGCCCCUAAGCACCCUCCCAGCGCCUCUCUCCCUCCCAGACCCCCUCCAACCCAACGCCCAAAUCCCAGCCAAACUCAUGCGCGUCGUCGCCAUCGGCCGCGCAUACCUCACAUUCUACAAGACAGGCCUGAAAAACGUCUUCCGCAACUACCGUGCCUCGCUCCCACUACGCAAACAACUAGGUCUACCGGCCUUCCUACCCACUUCUCCGCCGCGCAGGGUCGCGAAUCCCAAUCCCGUCGCAAGCCAGCCACAAUCCUCCAAGGGCGCCGCGGCCGGGCCCGCGCCGUCGCAGAACACAUAUGAUUUGCGGAAUCUGCGGCUUGGGCGAGGCCAGUUCCAGCUUGUGAGGCGCUCGGCGCGAGAUGUGAGGCGCAUGAUUCCGUUUACCAUGAUACUGGUUGUUUGCGGCGAGUUCACGCCGCUUAUUGUGCCGCUUUUUGGGUCCGCCAUUACGCCGGCGACGUGUCGGGUGCCUGGGCAGAUUGGGAAGGAGAGGGGCGUGGCGGCGGAGAGGAGGAAUGGGGCCUUGCGGGCUUGGGUUGGGGCGAGGCCGGAGAAUGGGCUGGAUGCGCCUAGGGCUGGGAGUGAGGAGGCGUUUGGGCUUUUGCUUGAGUUGGCGAAUCCGGCUUGGGUUGUUGGGGGGAGCUCGGCGGGUGUUUUGCAGGCUUGUGCGGUGUUUGGACUUGUUAAGAAGCAUGAUCGCGCUUGGGGAUCUGUGCUCGUGGGCUUGUAUCGGCGCAGGCUGUCGCAGUACCUUGAAUACCUUGCCAUUGAUGAUGCGAUGAUUCGGGGUGCGGGGGGAGUGGAGAAGAUGAGUUAUGCUGAGGUGCAGAUUGCGUUGGAUGAACGUGGUGCUGGGGAUGUGGGUGAGGCUAUGCGUCGUGAUGGUGAGGCGGAUGUUGAAACUUUUGAGAGGGAUUGGUUGAACAAAUGGUUGACUUCGAGAGAAUUAUGA